GCUGUGAGUUCAUUCUCAGAGAAAGAGAACUAAACAGAGCACAAGCGAGCGAGCGAGAGAGAGAGAGAGAGAGAGACGGAGCAAACUAACAAGGACCUACCGCCCCGAAGAAAUUACAGACACAACUCUCUGAGGCGCUAAGUGCCUGUGUUAUUACCACCCUUCAGUGGACCCGAGAGGUAAUACAUUUUCAGCAGAUAAGGAGUGUGAUCGAGGGUCCAGCGGAGGCUGCUGGCAGAGACCUGCAUGGGAGACCUGUGUGGGUGAGACCUGCUUUGGGAGACCUGCGUGAGUGAGACCUGUCCCUUUGAUUUCUGCCAGGUUUGAAGUUGUUUUGUUGCUGCUCCAGGGAACCAGUUCUGCCCUUCGGGGGGAAAUGAAGAGCACGGACUGAAGGCUAAGAAAACUGGACCGUCUGCGAGUCUUGACUCCCCCCUCCCGACCCCACCCCGGUGAACCUGGGACGUUUCUCUUUCUCCUCCUGCGGGGGCCCAUGUGCUGUGGACUCAUCUAGAGAGGGAAGGAGGACUGUGCUCCCCAAAAAACUUUGGCACAUCUUGACCUGGUACCGUAACAUCAAAAGGAAAGCAGUUGCAGGGGGAAUCCGGCUAGCAGGAUUAUAAAGGGAGAGAGAGAGUGUGUGAAAGAGAGCAAGAGAGAGGAGAGGGACCCCCGAUUCCUACCAACACAGUAACCCCCCAACCCCCAACUACCAGCAGCUCCAACCUUGGGCCCUCCCCCUUCCUCUCUCCCCUGUCAUGCCCCCUCCCGCCUGACCCCCAACCCCCACCCCCACCCCCCCCACCCCCCCACGGAGCAGGAAGCGUGAAAAAUCUCACUAAUGGGUUUAUUUGCUGUCAGAUAUGCGCCGAUCUGUCAUUCCCCUGGACUGCUACGCUUGACACAUUUCAUAGCUGAGUAAGCCGCCCAGCUUGCUGGCUGUAGAUCAGUGGUCCGGGACACCACCGGUCUGGAGACUAUCAGGGCAACAGCAGCAACAGAAAGACUCCCCAGAGCGCUUUGACGCCCCCCAUCUCUCCUUCUCAACCUGCUGGCAUUGGCUCUGGACCUCUCGCUGAGCAGCCAGUGACCCCAACAUUGGGAAACAGGGGACUUCGCUCUUCCUUUUUAAAAGACUUUUUUGGCGCACUCCUCGCGGCUGAAGAUGAGGGCCUGGCCGCUGGCCGUGGCGGUCGCCGUGUUCUGGACUCAGUGCCUCCUGGAGGAGGUGGACAGCAGGAAGGAGAGGAAGAAGCCGAAGGAGGUGCCCCCCCAGCACACGGAGGUGUACAACACCACCGCCUUCAACAGCGAGGAGGUCACCGGGAGCACCAAGGUUCCGGAGAACACACGAGUGGAUCCUUUUGGAUCAUGGAUGGAUUUUGUGAAGAGGCCUGUGGGCAACUUUCCCGGGAAGUGUCGCAAGAGAAAAAGACCACUGCCAGGGCCCCCAGGUCCCCCUGGACCCCCAGGGCCACAAGGGCCCCCAGGGUCCCCCGGGGCAGAGAUUACCCAAGAGGUCCUGCUCCAGGAAUUCAAGGAAAUGAUCAAAGAGGCAACGGAGAGAAGAGCAGCAUUGGAUAAGCAGGCCAACCCCAGCGCCCUGGCCCCUGCUCUCAUCACUCUGGAAAGCAUGACCUCCUACCGGAGGAUAGAGGAGGCCUUCCACUGCAGGCUGAAGGGGCCUGUCGUCGUGGACAAGAAAACCCUGAUGGAGCUGCAGAACUUUCAGACCCCUCCAGCUAAGGGUGCCUUUCUUCGAGGAACAGGAAUGGACCAGUCCACCGGCCGAUUCACUGCUCCAGUCACCGGCAUCUACCAGUUUUCUGCCAACGUUCAUAUUGACCACAGCGAAGUGAAGAAAAGCAAGAGUCCUCUGAGAGCCCGAGACAACGUGCGAGUUCUGAUCUGCAUCGAGUCGCAGUGCCACAGAUACACGUCCUUAGAAGUGAUCGUUGGGUUGGAAAGCAACAGCAAAAUAUUCACAGUGUAUGUGCACGGAUUACUGGAACUGCAGGUUGGUCAGUACACCUCCAUAUUCGUGGACAAUGGAGCCGGAGCGUCCAUCACGAUACAGAACGGCUCAGAUUUCAUGGGGAUGCUGAUGGGUGUAUAGCCGUGCCCCCAUCCCACCCGUCCCCAUCCCCUUUCCUGUACAUACCUGGGACUGUGCCACCUGAGAUGUCACGCAUAUGGUCUGCUUGCGUUUCUUUGGAUUUUACACCCCCUGCCACCCUUCAUCCCCGGGGGUAGAUGGGAAAUGGGUGUCCCUGCAGACAACAGCUGCUUCCUCAAAGGGGUGGAGGUAACUUUUGGAAGGAGUGUGUGCCCCUCACACACUGCCUGUCUGUGGACUAAGAAAGCUGAGAAUUUCACUGAUUGAUUGACUUCCCUCACUGUCUGAAUAGGAGACAAAAGACACCCACUGCUGUUUCCCUCCUCCUGCAUCCAUUUUGCACAACGAGAAGUUCCACUGGCUUCCUGUUAAAACACAAAUACUGCAGAACGUGGUGUUUGACUCCUAUAUUGUCCCAGUGUAUGAUAUUGCCAACCACAGAGAGACUGUCUACUUGACUGCAGGAUGUCUGUGUGUGCAGUGAUGUCAAUACCUUCAUGCAGCUUUUCAAACAGUUUGAGAGUUUUCACAAUGGGGCUUGUAAAGAAGAGAAGUGCCAUUCUUUUAGUGUAUUCAGUUUGUUGAUUUAUUGCUAAUUUAACUCCAUAUCAGUCUCAUGAAUUCAUUCAUUCUUUGGUGUUCAUAUGUAUGCUGGUGAGUGUACAGGAUUGGAUAGGUUGAUGUAUAAAUGCCAUUGGACAUCACAAGGUUGAAAACAGCCAAUGACAGAAGGCACACAAUGAGCAUCAUAAAAGAGGGUCGGUAUUCAUACUCAUGAAUCUUAUGAAACACACCAAGAAUGUAUAUGCUUAUAUUGGUUGUGACCAAAGUAAUAGACAAUUAAAUAUUCAUACUGAAAAACUGAAUAUUAUAUCCAAUUUGCUCAAUGCAUGUUCUGACCUUCCUAGCAGAAAAAAUAUAGAACAUAAUUGGAAAGUGAAUGAGAUAUUUGCCAGUGAAAAACAAAAUGGUGGCCGAUUUAGGUUCUCGUGCAAACAAGAAUGCCUGAUGGCACUAAUAGCAAACAUUAAUGCUGAAAAUGUCAGACCAUUCAGAUCCCCCUGAAUCAGAUAUAAAUGUGUGUCUUUCUCAGUGAUAUCAUGUGACCGAUACUC